AUGUCAAUUGGACAAAGUCAUACGAAAUGCGAAGAGUUUAUUGCGGAUGAUGUGACCUCAAAUAGGUCUAACAGUACGAGGCGGAUGUUGAUUAAAGAGUUCAGAAAAAUUGGUCAUGGUGCCUUUGGUACAGUGGUUCAGGCAUACAUUACGCCUGAUAGGGAAAAAUGGUACGGACCAUUUGCCAUUAAGAGGGUACCAGCUCAUACUGAAUAUAAAUCAAGGGAGUUACAAAUUCUAAGAGUUACUGAUCAUCCAAAUGUCGUUAAAUUGGAAUAUUUCUUCACACACGUAUCACCUCAAGAUGGUAAGGUUUAUCAACAUUUAGCAAUGGAAUGUUUACCGGAAACGCUACAAAUUGAAAUUGGUCGUUAUGCUUCCAAUAAGUUAGAAUUGCCAUUGAAACACGUUAAACUUUACAGUUACCAAAUUGCUCGUGGUAUGCUGUACUUACAUGCAUUUGGAAUUUGUCACAGAGACAUCAAGCCUUCAAACGUUUUAGUGGAUCCAGGUACUGGUGCCUUGAAAAUUUGUGAUUUUGGAUCCGCUAAAAAAUUAGAACAAAAUCAACCAUCAAUUAGUUAUAUCUGCUCAAGAUUUUACAGAGCUCCGGAAUUAAUCAUUGGCUGUACACAAUACACGACGCAAAUUGAUAUUUGGGGGCUUGGUUGUGUUAUCGGUGAAAUGUUAAUUGGUAAAGCUGUUUUCCAAGGUCAUGAACCACUUCUACAGUUACGUGAAAUUGCUAAAUUAUUAGGUCCUCCUGAUAAGAAAUUCAUCUUUUUCUCUAAUCCUGCCUACGAUGGCCCAUUAUUUUCUAAGCCAUUGUUUUCAGGUUCACCACAAUGGAGGUUUGAAAAACAUUUCGGCCAUGCAGGUCCCGAAGGUAUAGAUUUGCUAAUGAAGAUUUUGGUUUAUGAACCACAAUUAAGAUUAUCACCAAGACGUAUAUUGGCACAUCCAUUUUUCGAUGAUUUAAGAAGAGAAGAGUACUUUUUCCCCAGAGGUCAAACUCAACCAGUACGUUUACCCAAUUUAUUUGAUUUUAACGAUUUUGAACUUCAAAUACUGAGAGAGUUUACGGAUAAAAUUAGACCAAAGACAGAUGAUACACCAUCGGUUACGGAGGUAGAGGUAUAG